GGGUAGAGCAGGGCAGGAUGAGUGAGUCGGCUAGCACUGUGUCCUGUCCGGUGUUGGGAGAGGAGUCGGACCCCGUGGCCAGUCCGGGGUCCGAAGCAGUGUCUGGCGUCCUGAGUCCUCUUACUGAGGCACUGUUCCAGAGUCACUUUGGGGGCGCCGAGCAGGGUCUAGAUCCUUUCCCCGACCAGCUGCUACGAGGCUUUCGGGACAAGCUGUUCCGGACCUGCUCCAAGAGGGAGGCGUGGAGGCUUCUCCGGGCCCGGUUCCCUCCCUUAACCUGGCUGCCCUGGUAUCCCUGGAGGACCUGGUUGCUCGGAGACGCGGUAGCCGGAGUCACCGUGGGCGUAGUGCAUGUACCGCAGGGCAUGGCCUUUGCUCUCCUAACCUCGGUGCCUCCUGUGUUUGGACUAUAUACCUCCUUUUUUCCUGUUCUCAUUUACACCUUUCUGGGCACUGGAAGACAUCUGUCCACUGGGACCUUUGCAGUACUCAGCCUUAUGACAGGUUCAGCAGUAGAGAGCCUGGUCCCAGAGGCCCCCGGGGGCAACCUGAGCGCGACUGAGAGAAUGCAGCUGGACCUGCAGAGGGUCGGGGCGGCGGCGGCAAUUGCCUUCUGGAGCGGGGUGCUGAUGCUAGGGAUGUUCGCGUUGCAGCUCGGCUUCCUGUCCACCUUCCUGUCGGAACCCGUGGUCAAGGCUCUCACCAGUGGGGCCGCGGUGCACGUGCUUGUGUCCCAGCUGCAGAGCCUCUUAGGAUUGCCCUUCCCCCGGCAGAUCGGCUUCUUUGCUCUCUUCAAGACGCUGGCCGCGGUGCUUACUGCACUGCCACAAAGCAGUCCGGCUGAACUGACCAUCUCGGCCCUUAGUUUGGCGCUCCUGGUGCCAGUCAAAGAACUGAACGUGAGAUUUCGAGACAGGCUGCCUACCCCUAUCCCAGGAGAGGUCUUCAUGGUGCUCUUGGCCUCUCUUCUCUGUUUUACCUCUUCUCUGGACACGAGAUACAAUGUACAAAUCGUUGGGUCACUGCCAGUUGGGUUCCCCCAACCAUUGAUACCAUCUCUGUCUACUGUGCCCCUGGUUCUUGCCUACUCCCUUCCAAUCGCACUGGUUACUUUUGCUGUGUCGGUGUCUCUGGCUUCAAUCUAUGCAGACAAGCACAGCUAUACCAUCGAUCCCAACCAGGAGCUCCUGGCUCAUGGUAUCUCCAACCUAGUCUCCUCACUCUUCUCCUGCUUCCCCAACUCAGCCUCAUUGGCUACAACCAGUUUGCUAGUGGAUGCAGGGGGCCACACACAGCUUGCAGGCUUCUUCUCCUGUGCAAUUGUCUUAUCCGUGCUCCUGUGGUUGGGGCCUCUUUUCUACUAUUUGCCCAAGGCUGUCCUUGCCUGCAUCAACAUUUCCAGCAUGCGCCAGAUGUUCUUCCAGAUGCAGGAGCUGCCCCAGCUGUGGCACAUCAGCAAGAUGGAUUUUACUGUGUGGCUGGUCACAUGGGUCGCUGUAGUGACUUUGAGUGUGGACUUGGGCCUCGCCAUAGGUGUUAUCUUCUCCAUGAUGACUGUAGUUUGCCGAACACAGAGGAUACAGGGUCUGGUGCUCGGACAAGUAAAGGGAAGAGAGCUCUUCUGUCCAGUCAGAGAAAGUUCUAAGCUCUGUCAGGUUCCUGGACUACGAAUCUUCAGAUACCCUGCACCCCUUUAUUUUGGGACCAGAGGCAAGUUCCGUAGAACCAUGGGACAGUUGCUGGGCCUGGAGAGGCGAGAAGAGGCUGGUGACCUCUCUUUUCUUCUGCUAGGAACCUGCAAAGUUACAUGGAUCACCGGAGACAGGAGCGGAGCUUGUUCAAGUUGUCAUUCUGGACUGCAGUGGUAUCGUCUUUGUGGACGUAGCUGGAGCCCGGGAGCUGGUACAGGUCUGUUCACGCGUGUUGGGAAGGGUGGUUGGAGGGAUGAAUGGAUUACUUUUUAAAACAUUUUAUUAAGCGCUUACUAUGUUCCAAGCAUGGUGCUGAGCGCCAAGAAUACAAAUAGAAAUAGAAGACUGUCUCUGCCCUCAAGGGGCUUCCAUUCUAAUAUGGAGACAACUAGGGAAACUCUGGCCAGGGAAGGAUCUUUGAUUUGGAAAGUUAAAAGAAAUGGCGGGUGAGAGUAGCCAGGGUACGGAUUGGCAGACUGGAUUCUGUCCUGGAGCCAUGACAGAGUUUAUGUCAUGAGGGUACCAGAACUGGAAAAAAGGAGUUGUAGGAGCCAAGAAGGGGUGACAUGGCGGGGGAGGGAAGUGAAUCAUGGCUGAAGCUGGUCUUAAUCCCAGGCAAGUCCUUUUCUAACCAUCUUAAAACUCUUCCCCCCUUCCCUAGCUGGCUAGUCAGUGCAGUGCAGCCAGAAUUCACCUCCUCUUGGCUCAGUGUAAUGGUAAGAUGCACAGCACUGGGGAGGACUGGAAUGCUUUGAAUUAUGGGAUGGGGAUGAAGCGGAAGCCAGAGCUGGACCUUCAAUCAUCUUUUCCGUGGGCACAGCCCCUGUACUUCGGACACUAACCAGGGCUGGGCUCCUGGACGUAUUGACUCCAGAGCAACUUUUUGUGAGCGUCCAAGAUGCGGCUGCCCAUGCACUGGAGAGUUUGGUAAAGAUCUGGGUAGGAGGGGCUGAUGGAAGGAAAUGAGGGGGCCAUGAAAAGGAAACUAGACCAUGGGAUAAGUAAUGGUCCAGGGCGCAAUGCAUGAAGAAGGGCAAUUGGGUGGUCCCAAAGUGAGGGAGCCUGGGAGGAUGACUGGGAUUCAAAAACUGAUGAGGUAGAUAGAGAGGAGGAGAAUGGAAGUUGAAGGAAGGAGCAAGAGGGUGGACUAACCCUUUGUAAAGGAGGGCUCAAGUGGGGGUCUUUCAAAAUAGAAUUCCCUACCCAGCUUCCUUACCUGGACUCUCACUGGGGAGGAUGAUUAUCAGUUCUCAGGCCCAGCAUGCAUAGGGAAGGGGAGGUGGGAGGAUGGUCUCCAGAAUGCUUUCCUUCACUCUCUCCUAACAUGCCCUUCUCUUCACAGGAACCUCUGGCCUCAAAGACCUCCAUGGUCUGGGUUUGAACCUGGCAGCUGUUUGUAUUAGGAAUCCCUGGAGCACUGCUCACAUAUAGUUAGGGAGAAAUUAUGACCACUGAGGGAAAAACCGGAGUGGGCGUCCCUUUUUAUUUAUGUUAUCAAUAAAUAAAAUUAGCUUUUCCAUGAUCACCAUAAGUGCCAGCCCUUUCUAGCUUGGCUUGGGAUCUGAACACUCCAACAGAAGUCUCUUAGAGACCCUUUUCCCCACCUUGAUCCUGAAGAGACCAAACGGGCUCUGAUUACAACGCUGCUGCCUCAUUGGACAGCACCCCCCCCCCCAGACCUAUCUCCAAGAUCAAAAUUCCCCUGGGGAGAACUGUGUAUGCUUCAUAGAAUUCUGGCCUAGAGAAACAAAGAGGGAAGAUGAUGCAUACCUGGAGCCUCUGCUCUCAAGGAGAUUGGGCAGUCUCCACUUGGGGCUGGGUUCCAUUUGGCUGUCCAGACUCUCAGACUCUUUGGCACUAGAAGGGUUUUUAAGGGUACCCUAUUACUCUCUCCACAAGAACAGGGGAUGGAGGGUAGCACUGAUGAGGUGGGGCUGGCACUGAAUUGGUCACAGCUCCAGUUGUACCUUUGGCCACUGAGGAGGUCGCCAGGACCCGUUCUCAUCCUGGGUUUCGGUCAAGGUCCAAGAAUGGGAAGGGUUGGAUAGUCUUUGAACAGUUCUUGAGGGGCGAGUCACAGAGUUGAUCAGCAGGGCAAUUAACAGAAGUAGUGACUAGAGACUGCAUACAGGUCUGUUCCGAGGGUUUUGUGUGAAGGAAAUCAUUGAAGGAUGGAGGAGAGAAUUGAAACUCUGGUGCCUUCUGUAGUCAGCAGGAACAGCCAGCAAUUGAGGUAGGGGACAACAAGGCAGGAGGCAGGCUGGAUGUCCCCUGGGUGAGAGCUGGCUAAGCAGGUGUGAAGGAGAGUCAGAGGGCUGAGAGGAAGUGUGACAAACCGAGUGGAGACAGGAUUGCAGCCUCUCAACUUCCAUGUUGGUGCUGGGUGGGGGGCCCGCAUGGCUGCUGUGGAACAUCAAGUAAACGGAGAAGCUUGAUUAGGGAAAUUCCCCUAAAAGCCAUCUACCUCCACUCUCUCUUUCAUCCUUCUCCCCUUCUCCUUUCUGAUGAAUAAAGAUUGCAAAUCUAUGGCUA